AUGGCUUUUACCGACGACACCACCAGCAGUGAGAGAACUCCUCUAGUCCAACCCAGAACUCUUAAUUCCUCGGAGACCCAGCGCAAAUCUAGUAAGAAUGUUACUUUCAAUUCGACACCAUCAGUUAUGGCAGCUUCGACCUCGACCAAUGCAAUCCAGCCAACCGCAUCUACUUCUACCGGCAGCAUUGUUCCUACCCAGCCACAGAUGCUAUCAAAUCUUAACAGCAAGUUACGAAGACGAAAUAGCCACGGCUCGCCGCUCAUUACAUUACCAACUGCACCAGUCCCCAAGAUUGGACCGCAGCGAACAACGAAGAACACGCAAAAGCUUAAGCUCCUGCCAAACCCUGACUUUGGGGAAGAUGGACCUGAUGAAGAGAGUGGUCGCGAUGUGUACUCUCAGUACACUCGGAUCAAAGACCCAACUGCUAGGAGAGAUGCGGCCAGAUUGGGAAAGGCAGAUCGAGAUCGGUUACCUCGAGUGACAGCGUAUUGUACGGCGAACAAAUACCAAAUGGACGCGUUACUACGGUUCCUCAAUGGGAGAGGAAAGGCCAAGCAUGCGAAACCGAAGCAGAUUGAUGAAUGCAUAUACACCCCUUACAAUUAUGGGAAGCCAACUUCUAGUCGUGCUGCAGAAGUGCAAUCUAUGCCGGCCCAAUUACGAGAGAGGAGGCACUCGGAUAGCGCAAUUGAAGUCGUGGACAACAACAAUCAGCGGCGAGAAGAUCUAAUUGAUCUUCACACUGAGGGAGGUGAUACUAGUCUGGACAAUGGUGAGCACGAGGUACCUAACCGGAUACAUUCAGACCUCGUUGCAGCACGUAUCGAGGAGGAAGUGCUUCCGGAAAACAAUCUCGAUUUCGACAUACAAGUCCAUACUCCGGAAGUGUUUCUUUUCGAAUACGGGGUGGUGGUCAUUUGGGGCAUGUCUUUAAAAGAUGAGCAGCGUUUCUUAAAAGAAAUCGCGAAAUUCGAGAGUGAAAAACUUGCGCCGGAUGAUAUGGAGACUGAAUGCUUCAAUUUUUACUAUACCCGAGAAUACCAGGCCCGUAUCUACAAUGAUUUCAUUACCCUGAGGGACAAGAAGAAUUACAUGACCAAGCUUGCCAUAUCACACGCUUUGGCGCAGAGUGUCAAGACUUCACUUUUCGAAGCGCUCGUGGAUGAAACGAUCACUACCUGCAAAGAUAUUCCUACGCAAAUCGCUCUGACAGGUGCGAUAUCACUAUCACGAACACAAAUUAAUAUGCAGAUCGGCGAGCUGUUUAUUCUCAGGAUCAACAUCCAUCUCAACGGUUCCAUUCUUGACACCCCAGAAGUCUUCUGGACCGAACCUCAGCUGGAGCCUGUUUACCAGGCAGUACGAAGUUAUCUGGAAAUGGAUCAACGAGUCAGCCUUCUGACAGAGAGAUUGGAUGUCAUAGCAGACUUGUUGGCAGUCCUGAAAGAUCAGUUGAGUCAUGGACACGGAGAAAAACUCGAGUGGAUAGUUAUUGUUCUUAUCGCUGCCGAAAUCCUGGUAGCGGCUGUGAACAUAGUAGUUGAUCUGUACGCCGGUGUAGAUUGA